GAGGGAUUUGAACAGGCGGGCAUUAGUCAACUGGAAAGGCAGAAGAAGCAACAGGCUGGGGAAAGGGAGGCUCAAGAUAGCAGAGAAGAAAAUGGAAGAAGUAUAAUGACUACUGUUUUUGAGAGGAACUGUCAAUCUGAUGACUGUGCUGCUGAUUUGAAACUUCAGGGUAAAUUAUUGCUGUCUAGUGUUGAUGACAGAACUGCCUACCUGGCCCUGGGAGCGGUGAGGAACAUCUCACUUAACAUUUCCAUCUCUAACGUUGGGGAUGAUGCCUACGACACCAAUGUUUUCUUCAAUUUUUCUGGGGAGCUCUUCUUCAUCAAAAUGUGGCAAAAGGAGGAGCUGGGCAUUGCCUGUGAGUUGCUGGAGUCAGACUUCCUCAAGUGCAGUGUGGGAUUUCCUUUCAUGAGAUCGAAAUCUAGGUAUGAGUUCAGUGUGAUCUUUGACACAAGCCACUUGUCUGGGCAGGAAGAAACACUUACCUUCCUUGUCACUGCCCAAAGUGGAAACCUAGAACGCACUGAAUCUCUUCAUGAUAAUACUCUAACCCUGUCAGUCCCCCUGAUGCAUGAAGUAGACUCAUCUAUCAAUGGAGAAGUCUUCCCUACUUCAUUUUUCUACGGUGAUUCUGUGGAAGCAUCCAACUUUGUUCAGCUGGAAAAGCACGAAUGCCUUUUCCAGUCUCUCAACUUCACACUGCAGGUCUACAAUGCCGGACCAAGCACUCUCCCUGGGGCUUUUCUUGACAUUUCAUUUCCAAACCGCCUCUCUGCCACUGGAGCUGAAAUAUUUCAUGUUCAGCAGAUGAUGGUUGGUCAAGACAAAGGAAGCUGUUCUUUUCACAGAAACCCCAGCCCCUGCAUUGUUCCUCAAGAGAAUGAAAAUAUUUUCCACACUAUAUUUGCUUUUUUCACAAAGUCUGGCAGAAAAGUAUUGGACUGUGAAAGACCAGGCAGGUCCUGCUUAAUUAUACGCUGCAACCUAAGCUCACUAGCAAAAGCAGAGUCCUGUGAUAUAAGUGUCUACACACUGCUGAAUACUGAGAUACUGAAGAAGGAUAGUUCAUCAGUCAUCCAGUUCGUUACAAGGGCGAGGGUGCGGGUGGACCCUGACCUCAGAGUUGUGGAAGUACCCAAUGGGAGCCCAGAAGAAAAACCAGUGGUCUUUGAGGCUUUGCACAAUCUGGAGCCUCGUGGGUAUGUUGUCGGAUGGAUCAUUGCCAUCAGUUUGCUGGUGGGAAUUCUCAUCUUCCUGUUGCUGGCUGUGCUCUUAUGGAAGAUGGGCUUCUUCCGCCGGAGGUACAAAGAAAUUAUUGAAGCUGAAAAGAGCAGAAAGGAGAAUGAAGAUAGUUGGGACUGGGUCCAGAAAAAUCAGUGAACUGCCCCUGAAAACUAGAGCCCAGUCAUGUGACACGUGCUUGCUAGCCUAUAGGUCCUGCUCUCGUAUCUUCCAUAUGUGGAAGAAGGAAUCUUCUCCAGAUUUUUCGGAGACCCCGUUGAUGCUGUGUCUUUAUCACUCCAACAAGCUAGGGAACAUAUCCUGAGGCAACCACUGCAGCCAUGUCAGGUGACUGGAGCAAUUUAUACUUCAUUUAAGAGCUGAACUUUGAACUUUGGUAACCAAGCUGCAGUGCAGAGCAAUAUUUAUGAAUCCAGCUAUGUGGUAUACCCUCAGGGGAAGACUUACCUAAAAAUAUUUUUUAUAAAUAUAAGCUUUUUAUAUUGAUUAUGUCUUUAUAUUUGUAUCAAUGUUUUAUAGUUUCUAUUGAAUAGCUAUAUAGUUCACUCAAGCACUGAUAUCUGGCUAAAUCCUUGGAAAUACAUAUAUGUAUAUAUAAAUCCUAUUGUACUUUUAAACUUCAAUGCAAGAGAGAAAAGAGAUUUGCAGAUAAAGGUAGCUGAAAUCCUCAUAUGCUUACUUCACAAGGCUUGGUAAUGUUGUAUAUAGACCAUUUAAUGACAAUAAGCCAAAGUCUUUUCACUAUCUCUUUUUUUUUUUUUUUGAGUUGAAUUUGGUGUUUUAUUUAUAAACUAAAGAACCUAAAGUGUUACACAGAUGUGAUGUUCUGUAUCUGAGUCUAUCCUUUACUGGCCUGAAUGGGAGAGGAUGAAAACGCUUCCUCGGUGACACAUAGCAAGACUUGUAGCUUGCUUUGGCUCACUGAAGAAAGCAUCACAGAAUGUUUUCCUUUGGGACUUUUUUCUCUUGCGGUAUCUAGUACUUUGGUAACAAGCUAGGAAUGUACAAUUAAGAUACCAAAAGGAUAUAAUUGGGCCAACCACUAUGGCAUUGACAAAUUUGU